GAGGAGAUAAGAUCAGAACCAUCGGAAAAUGGGUGCAUUCUGGGUUACUGCUAUAUUGGUAGGAGUUGUCACCAUUCACAGUUCAACUUACACCCUGGGAAAUCCAGUGCUCAUUCAAAGAAGCAAUGAAACAGAAACAAAAAUGUAUUUCUACAACUACUUUCGAACGAUCAGCAUGAAUCAAACAAACCAAUGCAGCUACAAGAACAUUUCGGAGCCGAUCGUAACUUUACACAGCUAUUAUAAGUACAGUGCCAAAGUAGCAGCAGAUUAUCAGCCGGUACUGAAUUUCAAUCAAUCUAUCAUGAGAGAGUUUAGGUUCGAAGGCCUUAAUGACACCCAAAACAUGCGUACCGAGCUCACGAUAGAGCCUAACAAUCUAAUCGUUCUAUAUCUAAUCAAUGCUGGUUUGGAACGAUUUGAACUUGCUUGGUCAGAUGAAGAAAUUGAUUGUCGCUUGACUAAAUUGAUCCUGCAUCGGAAUCGUUUGAAUACAGUUCCAAAAGGAAUGGAUCGUUUGAGAGCACUCGAGAUUCUGGAUAUGAGCUACAACAAACUUGAACUCUUCGAUAUGGCUAUUCUUUCGAAAGCAGCCUGGUUGAAGGUGCUAAACCUUAAGAACAAUCGAAUAACUACCUUCGUAUCUUCAACUUCAAUCCACUUCAAUGACUUAUUUGUUGUCGACCUCUCGGAUAAUCAACUAUCAAUUCUACAUUUGCUGAACUGGAAUAUGCCGCGUCUGGAGUUUUUAAAUAUUGGCAACAACCCCAACUUUUCCAAACUGGAACAAAAGCGAUUUAACACACUUCCUUUGAUGCAAUUAUGCUAUAUCUCCAAAGUACGUUAUGAUUACGAUGUGAUUAGUCACGUAAAUUUUGUUACAAAAUUUUAGACUACACGAACAUAUCAAUUAAAUCAGUUUUGGUCAGAGGUUUGAGCCCCUAAGGAUGAAGGACAUACACAUUAGGUUAGGCCCCUAAGGAUGAAGGACAUAAACAUUUGGAUUUUGCAUACU